UACAGCGCUCAGCUCAGAGGACCGAGGAGAGAGAAUCUGAAUCCACACUGAAGAAAACAACACCACAGGUGCACACAGGAGGAGAAUCAACACAGAAACACCCGCAAAAUUGCAGGAAAUCAACACACAAACACGCGCACGUUGUUGGAGCAGUGACAAUCGCGCGCACCAGAAAUUCGCACUCUUUAUUUUGAACGCGAAAACCCGAAGACAUGCGCAUUCGGGGGGUGUCGAUGAAAAGUUAAUUCUCGCCUACUAAAACAAGACAGACAGAUAGAUAGAUUGACGGAAAGUGACCGCAUCACGCAGCGAACUAAAGACAGAUUGUGAAUAAAUUGACCGCAUUACGCAGCGCGUUAAUUACGCGUCGCACGAAAUCGAUUAUAAAAAAUUUAUAUUCAUAGAUAUAAUAAUAAGGAUGUCGAGGAAAAAAGCUCUGAAGGGAAAGGGCAGUUCAAACACACCAAAUUCUUCUCCGAGUGCCGAAAAAGAGAAGGGGAAAAAAGUGUCGAGCCAGGCGAAUGGAGUGGUUCAUCCCAGCCGGCCAUCUCUCAGCAACAGCGGGGAGUUCUACGACAUCGCAUUCAAGGUGAUGCUGGUUGGAGACUCUGGAGUGGGGAAAACCUGUCUGCUGGUUCGCUUUAAAGACGGAGCAUUUCUCGCCGGGAGCUUCAUCUCAACUGUUGGCAUAGACUUCAGGAAUAAAGUGUUGAGCAUCGACAGCAUGAGGGUUAAACUGCAGAUCUGGGAUACAGCGGGACAGGAGCGCUUCAGGAGUGUGACGCACGCUUACUAUCGAGACGCUCACGCUCUUUUGCUGCUCUAUGAUGUGACCAAUAAAUCAUCUUUUGACAACAUACAGGCCUGGCUGACGGAGAUUCACGAGUUUGCUCAGCAGAACGUGGUCAUUAUGCUGUUGGGUAAUAAGGCUGAUGCCACACAUGAACGCAUUGUGAAGAGAGAGGAGGGGGAGAAACUGGCCAAGGAGUUUGGAGUUCCCUUCAUGGAGACCAGUGCUAAAACAGGUCUGAAUGUGGAGUUGGCCUUCACUGCGGUUGCCAAGGAACUGAAGCACAGGGAAAUGAAGGAACCAAACGAGCCCAAGUUUCAGCUGCAGGAGUACGUGAACAAGGAGAUGAAAGGAGUCGGGUGCUGUCGCUCAUAAAAACACCACUGUAUGUGUGUGUGUGUGUGUGUGUGUGUGUUUACACUUUCAUCCUCUCGUCUUGAUGUCUGUCAGAUAUGCUGUGCCUCUGGGGACUUUUAUUUUGGAAUUCUGUAUUCACUGUUUGGACCUACAUGCACUUCACAGCUCACAGGCAAUAGAAAAAGACAUAAAACAUGGUUGUAAUCCAUCGGCACACACCGAAAUAUUUACAUAGAGUUGAAGUCAGAAUUAUUAGCCCCCCCCUAUCCCC